AUGUAUUCCGCACGGAUGGCCCACAGCUUUUGCAUCAUAGAAAAAGGCACUGAAUAUCAUAGUCACACAUCAGAGACCGCGAAUCCUACGCCUGAUUUAUCACCUGAUGCUUCGUGUGAGGCGAUGAGUAAAACAGCCCACAUCACAAAAUCGAGCUGCAGCGAUACGAAUGAGCUGACCGAAAGGCCGAGUCAGAAUAUGCAACCUCUGGCGGAGAAUAUGGAGCAGGAUGACGGUCGAAAGGCUACAAUAGAAGAGCUAAGGCAGAAGGUGCAAGCUCUGAUGGAGAGCAAAGAAUUGGAUGACAAGAAGUACAAAGAUCAGCACGACCAGAUCCGACAGAAGCGAUCUGAGAAUGAGAUACUAGCCAAGAAUGUCGCGGGCCUCGCUGAGACGGUCAUGAGGCUCUCUAGAACAGUCUUGAACCUUUACAAGAGGAUCGACGAGUCUUCACAAGAGUAG